CGCUUUUUUUACCAUUUAAGGACAAUACCCUGAAAGCCAUGGGGUGAUCCACAACGUCUGCUAUGACGUCACUACGGGGGAGCGCAUUGAUUGGCCGGACAGUCUGACCAAUAGCAGGUGGAUGGAUGCAGGGGCAGAGCCCAUCUGGAUAACGGCCAAGAGACAAGGCAAACGGGUGGGCACGUGCUUCUUUCCCGGGGGGAGUGUGGCCAUCAAAGGGAUGCGCGCUGACAAGAUCGUUCCCAUGGCGACGACAACAAACACAAUGGAGGACUGGAAGGAGCGAGUGGACACAGUGAUCACGUGGCUGUCACGUGACGACCUUGACCUGGUUACCUUGUACUUCAACCAGCCGGAUUUAGACGUGCACUAUCACGGAGUGGGGUACGUUUUCUCACGUUCAAUUCUCUUCUCUCUCUUCUAUGGACAAAGUGUUUGA